AUGAGUCAACAACAAUUAACAUCAUCAGCCACAACAACAAAUGAGGAACAGCAGACUGUUGUCGAAGACCAUGGACCUCCUCCAAAGAUUCAAAUGAAACUCCACAUUCUCCAAAUCAUCAAACAAAAACAAAACGAGAAUGGAUUGAAGCAUUUGGACUAUGAUUCAUACCGAAGAUAUUGCACCAAGAGAUUGCGCAAGCUUCGAACCUUGUUGGAUAUGAAACACAAAAAAGAGGCUAAAUUCACUCAAACUCCAAAGAAAAAAAAGAAGAAUUUGAAAUCGACUCCUGCCGCACCAACAACAACAACAACAACAACAAACACUACCAUCACUACUUCUGUAGAGUCUUCAACCACAACUCCAACAACGGUUGUCGAUGGUAUUAAAAACUCCUCUCUCUACUCUCAAAAGAAAGUAAGCGAUAAGAUUGUUGAGCGAUAUAAAGAAAAGAAAGAAAUUCAAAUUAAAAACUUAAGAGAACAAGCACUGAGAAAUCUCAUUCGUGAAAAUGUUGAAAAGCAAAUUCACGAACAAAAAGAGAAAUUAUUGUCCAGUUUUGCUAAAAAGAAGAAGAAGGAAUCUAAAAAGACUGACAAGAAUAUUCAAUAUGAUCCUGAAUUCUUAAGUGAGCUCUAUACCCACAUCAAUACCAAUCCUACUAUUACUGAAAAUGAGAUUGAAGAACGUGUCAAGAAAAUGUUGCAACAACAAUCUGGAGACUCUACCGAGUUGGAUCAUCUAACUCAAGGUUCCAAUACUAUGACCACUGCUACCAAUGAAAACACUCUCCUUGUUAACGGAGAUGAAAGAUUUCUUCAUUUACUUCUCGUUCAAGCUGAGAGAGCUUGGAGUCAUUCUAGACACUUGAAGAAUGAAAUGAAACAAUAUCCUGAUAACUCUCGUAUCAAAUUCCAUCAAUUGAAUCGAUUGAAAAAGGCAGUGAAAUGGUCCAAACUCUUAUUAGACUAUUGUAACAUGUUUUGUGAAAAUGAUCAACGUACCAUUUUAGAAGCUGAAGCCUAUCAUUCCUACAUGUCAGGUUUAUUAUUUUUAGAAAAAGAAGAUUGGGCUGAAUCAUUGAAGUUGUUUAAACAAUCUCAAACCGUCUAUGAUCAAUUGUAUAAGGUCUUGACGUUUAUUCCACAAGCAUUGAGAGAAGAAUAUAAAAAGCAAGUGAAUGAAAUUGCUGUGAAUUAUAUGAGAUUGUGUGAAUACAAUUUGAAGAAGAUUCAAGGUGGUGAAUUGUUACUUCAACAAUUAGAAUCCAAUUCACAACAAUUGGAUUUGAUUCAACUCAAAUUGAGUCAAGUCAAAGAUUCUGAAGAUAAGAAUUUGCCAUCUCAACAAAAAGUAGAAUGGGAAGGUGUCAUGUCCAUCAUUAUUCCAAAUGAAAAGAUUAGAGUCAAUUUGGCAAAUGGUAAAGCACUUUUAGAUGCAGACUACAAGACGGUUGAGAGUAAAUUGAGAGCCUUUGACAAGUUGUUUGGAAUUUAUAAUGAUACGAUGAGAAUGAUUCGCGAAGAGAUGAAGACUCUCUCUAGUGGCGGUACAAGUAGUAAUACUCAAAAACGUACUCAUUCCUCUCAUACAUCCUCUUCUAGUCAGAUCAAUAGCAACUUUUCAAGUUUGAGUGUAACUGAACAAUUGAAUCAAUUGAGAUUCCUUCAUAGCUAUGUGAGUUAUGUGUUAGGAACAAAGACCAUUGAAAGAAAUGUCAUCAUGUUACAAUCUUUACUUGAUCGAUUGGAUACCAUUCAACAACAAAAAAGAGUUGAAAAGAAACAAAAAACCAAUCCAGUGGAUAUCAUUCGAUUAUUUGAUGGAUUACUUCAAAAUGUGAAUGAUCUCUCCGAUUUGUUACAAUCUAUUAAUAUUCAUCCUGAUAGUGCUAAAAAGUUACAAACUGAUUUGGAUGAAAAGAAGAAUAUUUUCACCUCUUAUCGAUGCUAUUAUAUGGCUCAUGCAUAUGCUUCCCAACACAAAUGGACUGAAUGUUAUUUAUUAUUGGAGAGAUCUGAACAAUUAUUGAGCCAAUUGAUGAAGAACCAAUCAUCAUCUUCAUCUUCUCUAUUUUCUCUUCCAAACCCAACAGAUAUUUUAUCGGAAAUUAGAAAGGCAAAGAUUACAGCAAAAUCACAACAAGUACUCUCCAACAAGAAACAUCAAGGAACCUCUAUUUUAGCUGCCUAUGAUAGUGAUGAUGAUGAAAAGGAAACAUCAAAGAAACAACAACAAUUGGUCAAAUUGAUGAGUGAGAAACCUCUCACUUCCCGAAUGGAUCAAUUCAUCAUUCCUAACAAGACUGUGGUUGAGAAUUUACAAAGCUAUAGUUUGGUGGAAUUACCACCCAAGUAUCAAGUAAUUCCAAACAAACCAGUAUUCUUUGAUAUUGCCAAUAGUUUGGUUUGUGAAUAUCCAACCGAGUUUAUUGAUGAACAAGUGAAGGAAUUGUCUAAGAGUGUUGAAAAGCCAACCACUACGACCACUACAGAAGAACCAAAGAAGAAGGGUUGGUUUGGAUUGUGGUAG